UGUAGUUUUAACCGAUAAAUAUAGGUACCAGAGGCGUUUAUUGACGUGACGUCACUUUCGUGCGCCGGAAGUUAGUUUGUUUGAUAAUAAUGGCGCGUGAGCUGCUAUCCAGCGUAGACUCGGGGACUAUGUUGUUCCUUUUCCACACGUUUUCAAACCAGUUAAUGUGGUGUAAUGGGUUAGUGAGCUCCCAGAGGCGUGUCCUGGAUAUAAACAGCUCGCUGGAGGAAAAGCUGGAGAGGAGCAGGAGGGAAUAUGAAGGCGCCCGGCGCAGAGCUCGGAGACGGUAUGUGAGGCUGAGAGCCUUGGCGCUGUGUUCCCGUGUCUUCCACCUGCACGGUCUGGACAGGCGGGUGUGGAGGAGAGAGAGACCCCAUGGAGAAGUGUUCUGGUCCAAUGUCCUGGCUAACUUUGAUGAUGAGCAGUGGGUGGAUCAUUUCCGCAUGUCCCGGAGCACGUUUGAGUUCAUUCUAGGGCUCGUCGAAGCCAAACUGAGACGCAAGUCGACUCGCUGGAGAAAAGCGCUGGAGCCGCGGCGCAGGCUGGCCAUCGUGCUGUGGUGGUACGCGACCCCGAGCGAGUACCGGACCAUCAGCUGUCUCUUCGGUGUUGGACUGUCCACCGUGUGCACGUUAGUGCGCCAGGUCACCUCUGCCCUGAACAGCAGCCUUCUCAAACAGUUCAUCUGCCUGCCAGAAGGUGAGAACCUUCAGAACACGCUCAGGGGGUUUGCAGGACACGGAUAUCCCAUGUGUGCUGGUGCAGUCCAUGUGACCCACAUUCCCAUCGGCGCUCCCAGAGAAAACCCGUCUGCGUACUACAACACCAAAAACUGGCACUCCGUUAUUCUGCAAGCGGUCGUAGACCACAGCAUCCGCUUUACGGACGUAUAUGUUGGCUGUCCUGGUCGCACAGACGACGCGAGAGUCUUGACUACUUCUCCGCUCUACAAGAUGGCUGAAGAACAAGAUGGAUACCUGUUCCCUCGUGAGGAUGCCUUGACCGUGAACGGCGUGGAGAUUCCUGUUCAUCUGGUCGGAAACGCCGCGUACCCCUUAAAGAAGUGGCUGCUGAAGGCAUUCACAGACGAGCAGCGUCUGACUCCGGAACAGCGUCGCUUCAACAGCCAGUUACGCUCAGCUCGCACGGUGGUGGAAAACGCUUUCGCGCGUCUUAAAGGUCGUUGGCGGUGCCUGCUUAAACGCAGCGACGUCGAUGUUACGUUUAUGCCCGACAUCGUCACGGCUUGCUGCAUCCUGCACAACGUGUGUGAGCUGAACAAGGAGGACUUCCUGCCUGAGUGGACUGCUGACUCUGAUGAAGUCUUACAGCAGCCUGACACGGAUCUUUAUACAGACACGGUGACGGACAGUACUCAAACUAUUCGUGACGCCAUGGUGACAAUCGUAUGAGUUUGCAGAAAAGCAAACCCACACACACACACACACACACACACACACACACACACACUUCUGAUGAAGUUAAUAAGCUGUGAGUGAAACACAGUUGUGGAACCUGCUCUAAAUG